AUUUUAGUAUUCAUUUAUUCUCCCUUUCAUUGAAUAAUUUAACACAAUAUUAAUUAUAAAAUGUAUAUAUACAUAUUUUUUGCAUUAAAAUCAAAUUCAACAUUGCCGCAGAAAGGUGAGACAUACGUUUUUUUAAGACGCCUGGGAAAUCAAAUGUACAAUUUGUCUUGUCUUUUUUGUUGUUUUGUUUUCUUGCUCAACUGGGCUGUCUGCGUCGCACGAUUGCAACCAAGCGCACCGAUUGUUACAUUAUGCAAAAUGCUUACUUCGUAAACCACUAAGCUCAGUGAAAAUAUGCAUGCGUACGAAUUGUAACCUCAUCAGAUGGAAACGACAAUAGAUGCAGAGAAAUCGAUACGCUGUCUGUUUUUGAAGACCCAACGAGCGGCGACACAUAAGGACACGAAGGCACCACCACAAUCCUGGAAUUACAUUUUGGCCAUAAAAAAAACAGGCUACUGACUAUUGCUGCAUAUUGGCAACGUUUGAAAAGAUCUUGAGAAACGCUGUAGAGCUUCCUUUUUAUAUCAAAAGACCGCUGCAAAUACAGGUAUAAUAAACCUGCAGGAGACGCCGAGGGGUGUUCGAUUAUUGACAGUAAAAAUAAUAAUUCAGCAAUUUGCAUUGAACAUCCAUUUUUAAUCUCCGUCAGUAACUAAGAAACGGGGGAGAAAGAGAGUGUGUGAGAGAGCGAGGAAAAACGAGCUUGAAGAGGAAAGAGGAUAGCCUAUUUAUUUAAUUAAAGUGACCUGCCUGUGUAGGAUGAAGUUCUGCGGGAAUUCGAAACAACCCAACCUGAAGAAAUGAAGGACAAAUUAUAUUGCUUGUGCGGGAAUCUUUUUGGUAAACUGUGCUGAACUUUAAUUAACUGGAAAUGUCGUAUUAGCUUGGAAUAUCCGUCAUUUACUAGGAAAGUCGCUUGCAAAACUGCGCUCCAUACAGGGAGGAGUGCACCAAUACCAAGCGGGGUAAACCAGGGGGAGGGGGCGGGUUACAAACUGUAAAGAAGGUAACCGACUGUGCAUGAAGUUGAAAGUCGGAGAUUGCUGUUACACAUCUGGAUUCGGAUCUCUCUGGGAUGUCAAGAAGUUGAAAAAAAAAAACAAACCCAGACAAAACCAGCAUCUAUAGGAAAUCGUUGCCUAAAAACUACUUUUAUCUGUAUUCGGUGCACCACGCCAAAGAAGUUGACUAUUACAAUAUGACAACCUAAUCUCAUCUGUUUGGGAGAGACUGAAAAAAAAAAAAAAAAAAAGUUUUGCAUUUGCAAUGAUGUUGCGUCCUGGCUCUGCAAUGAUGAUCCACGUGAACGGACUGGGGUAUGCACCCCAGAACCUGGCCCGGGUGGUGGUGUGGGAAUGGCUGAACGAACACGGUCGGUGGAGGCCCUACAGUGCUGCUGUGUGCCACCACAUUGAGAACGUGUUGAAGGGGGACUCGCGGGGCACGGUGGUGCUGGGCCAGGUGGAGCCACAUUUGGCCCCUUACAUCAUAGACCUGCAAUCAAUGCACCAGUUUCGACAGGACACAGGCACCAUGCGGCCCGCGCAGCGUAACUUCUACGAGCCCUCCUCGGCCCCGGGGAAGGGGGUGGUGUGGGAGUGGGAGAACGACAGCGGCUCCUGGACCCCCUAUGACAUGGAGAUCUGUGUGACUAUCCAGAAUGCCUAUGAGAAGCAGCACCCCUGGCUGGACCUCACCUCGCUGGGCUUCUGCUACCUCAUCGACUUUAACAGCAUGACCCAGACCAACCGGCAGAGCCAGCGCAAGAGGAGGCUACGCCGCAGGAUGGACCUGGCCUACCCGCUCACCACGGGCUCCAUCCCCAAGUCCCAGUCAUGGCCUGUCGGCACCAGCUCCGGCCAGCCCUGCUCCUGCCAGCAGUGCAUCCUGGUCAACAGCACCCGGGCCGCCUCCAAUGCCAUCCUGGCCUCCCAGCGCCGCAAAGUCUACACAGGGGCCAGUGGGGCCCCCGGGACCCUCACUCUGGUCAGACAGAGCAACACCUUUGCCGGCACCACCCUCUGGUCCCCCACCUCUUCGAUCAGCAGCGGCUCGGCCAAGCCAGAGCAGGUCCAGUCCCCAGCUACGGGAACCACCUACCACAGGGUCCCUGCUCUCCCUGCCCCCACCCCCGCCUCUGGGCAGAACAACCUGAACCGACCGGGCCCCCAGCGCUCUGCCUUGGUGAGCACAAGAGGAUCCAUCCCACCAGGGGUCCCUGCACUUCCUGUGAAGAACCUCACUGGCUCUGGCCCAGUUCACCCAGCACUGGCAGGCAUGACCGGGAUCCUGAUGUGUGCGGCGGGCCUCCCUGUGUGUCUGACCAGGGCUCCCAAACCCAUCCUGCACCCCCCGCCCAUCAACAAGAGCGACAUGAAGCCCGUCCCGGGGGUGAACGGCACCUGCCGCAAAACCAAGAAGAAGCACCUGAAGAAAGGGAAGAACCCAGAGGAUGUAGUGAAGAGGUACAUGGAAAAAGUGAAGAUGGUUCCCGAUGAGGACUGCACUAUCUGUAUGGAGAGACUGACCACCUCGUCCGGCUACGAGGGGGUGCUCAGCCACAAAGGGAUCAAGUCGGACCUGGUGGGCAAGCUGAGCAAGUGUGGCCACAUCUACCACCUGCUGUGUCUGGUAGCCAUGUACAACAACGGCAACAAGGACGGCAGUCUGCAGUGCCCAACCUGCAAGGCUAUCUAUGGUGAAAAGACAGGCACACAGCCCCCUGGGAAGAUGGAGUUUCAUGUCAUCCCCCACUGCCUGCCCGGAUACCCCGAAUUCAAAACCAUCCGCAUUGUCUACGAUAUCCCUGCCGGCAUCCAGGGCACCGAGCACCCAAAUCCAGGGAAGAAGUUCAGCGCCAGAGGAUUCCCUCGGCACUGCUACCUGCCGGACUUAGAAAAGGGAAGGAAGGUCCUAAAGCUGUUGAUAGUUGCCUGGGACCGUCGCUUGAUCUUUACCAUCGGCACGUCCAACACCACUGGGGAGUCGGACACUGUGGUCUGGAACGAGAUCCACCACAAGACGGAAUUUGGCUCCAACCUGACAGGACACGGAUACCCAGACCCCAAAUACCUGAGCAAUGUCCUGGCGGAACUCUCCGCUCAGGGAGUGACCGAAGAGGGGCUGAAAGACUGAGGCAGAGCGAGAGAGAGGAGCAACUUGUGACAAAGAAGGAACUUCUUUACUUCACACAAAAGGAAAGCAAAAGGAAUCUUCUUUAACUUAGUGACUUGCUAAAAAAAUAAAUAACCACUAUUUCUUCUGCUUUAGCUCCUUUUGCCUUGGGCUUGCAUUAUCUUGCCAAAAAAUGAAAACUAAAAUGGAGGAACAAAGUUCUGAGCCUGCCCUCUGGGAGGAGCUUAGAGGGAGGCUGGGACUGCUGUAUUUUUAUUGGUCACUGUGUCUGUGGGGGUGGGGCAGAGUAGGGAGGCUCUUCCACUUAGAGAUGGUAGAUUGUCAGGAAAGGGCAAAGUCGCCAAUUUAAUGUUAACCUUUUUCUUUGUCUUGAAUAAAUAGAUCAAAUAUAGGAAUAUAUUAAUGGAUUCAUUAACAUACCUUGCUGUUGUUAUGGCGCUCAGAAAGACUAUGGUUUCAUCAUAUAUAUAUAUAUAUAUAUAUAUAUAUAUAUAUAUAUAUAUAUAUAUAUAUAUAUAUACUUAUUUUUUAAAUAAGUUUACGAAUAAGCUCUAUUAGUUAAAAGAGUGUCUAAAUAUUUUAGUAUUCUCAACUAACCUUUGGAAUGGAGAAUCUAUAUGUAAUCUAACUGUUAAAAUGUAUAUUUGUCCUACAAAGUAGCUAAACACACAAAACUUACUCCAGUUUAGUUUGUCAAGAACCUGCAGAUUGGAAGCUUUUGUCACUUCUACAUGCAAAAAUGGAGAAAUGUUUAAUAAACUUACAUUAGUAUAGAUUUAUAUUUUCAUUUUUACUCCCUAUUUCCCCUUUUUUAACAUUACAAUUUUCUGUUUUUGCUUGUCAGGUCAUAUAUUCUAUAUACUAUAGUUUGCGUGCUACCAAAAAAACCUAGAAACUGCACUGUGGUAAGAUGUAUGACCUUAGCACAGCUUAUACUUUAAGUUCUGCUUAUGGUAGCCACUUCUGGUGAAGAAUUUCAAAGAAAAGCUUUGCAGUUGUUUCUUUAUAGUAAAUGCAUUAAGAAAAGGAGUUUAAAGACAAUGGUUCCAGCAACUUCAUGAGAUUUAACCUUCUUUUCAAUUAGCUUGCCAAUACACGUUCAGAAUAGAUGUAUUAGUAUAAUAAUGUAGAUGUAUUUAGACCAUUUAUAAACAUAUUUCCUCAACCAGUCCUCCCAAGAUUUAAAAUAAAUCCUUAAAUUGAAUUUCUUACAUAGUGGUCUAUUUGUGUCCCAUUCGGUGUCCCUUGCAUGUUUAAAAAUAUUUUUUUACAAACAAGUACAUUAUAUUGUAAGAAGGCUGUUACUUCACAAGUCCAUGCUAAAAGUAUGAGCUUUAUAAGUGUUUACUGUGAAAUGCAUUUAGUAUAAAAGAAACACCAGCCCUUCUAACUUCAUAACAGUGGAAACUAUUGAAGAGUAAACAGACAACAAGGAAAUAUAUAGUUAGUAUAAAACUGAACAUUGCAGCUUUAUCCCCCUAAGAACAAGGCACUUUUUAAAUGUUUCAUGUUAAAAAAAAUUGAAUUAAUUUCAUGUAACCCUUUAGUUUAGGUUUCUGUUAUAAGUGGUUAUAAACAAUCUAUAAUCUAUUUUGCCAUUUUUUUUUGCUAUUGUUUAUAAUCAGGUAUAAUGAAUAUAGUCUGUCUGCCUGUCUUUUCAGGACUGUUUGUCUUUCUAUCCCUGCCUGUCUGUCUGUCUUUAUACAGGUAGUGAACAAAAAAAUGGAAACAGCAAUGUAAAGUCACUUAAUAGGGUGUUGGGCCACUAUGGUAUCCCGCUCUGUGGAGUUCUCGGCAGACCGUUUUUGAUGAAACUUGCUGCUUGUGCCCCAGGUUGAAAUUUGCAGUCAGUUGAUCUGCAGUUGCUCAUCUGUUUUGCCUUGCACUUCGAAUUAAUGCACGGAUAUCACGAUCCUGGAGUAUGCGCUUCCGCCGACUGUUGCCCUUUGCUGAUGAUGUCUUUCCCUCGGAGUUUCAUGCCGACAUCACUUGUCUUGGUCACUGAAGCUCCUGCCAAACACGCCCCAACAAUCACCCCUCUUUCAAAGUCACUGAGGUCUCCUCUUGCAGCCAUGCUAGCCAUAAUUAUAGGCAACCAGGCCUGUCCAGCAUUUUUAUACAUGACCCUAAGCAUGCUGGGAUGUUAUUUGCUUAAUUAACGCAUGAGCCACACCUGUGUGGAAGCCCUUGCUUUCAAUAUACUUGGUGUUCCUCAUUUACCCAGGUGUUUCCAUUUUUUUUUCACUACCUGUAUGUCAGUCUCACCAAUUAUAUGGAGCUGCUUUGCUUUUGCAAUGCAGUUAUUAUACACUUUUGACGUUUUUUUUUUUUUUUUUGCUAUAGUUUAUAAUCACUUAUAACGGAUACCUAAACUAAAGUAUUCAGUGUUUUUUUCAUAAAUAAAAAAACUACAUUAUGAAUGCAAUAAAUAUAUGCAUUUAAAUAUAUAUUGUCAAGAAGGAAUCCAAUGAAAGUAGCAGAGUUUGAAUAGGAUAGCACUCAGUCCUCUCCUCCAUCGUUUUGGUCCCUCAAGUCUAAUCACUAGGCUACACUGUCUCCCAGUCCCUCAGCUCUAAGCAUAAGGCCACAUUGCCUUUCAGUCUCUCAGCUCUAACCACAAGGCCACACUCUCCUUGUCCCACAGCUCUAACCACUUGACCACACUUCCUUAAUCACCCCUGAGUCCUGACAUAGCCUCACUGCUUCCAGUAUGUCCACCGGUCUCCCUGUUUGAAUUUAAGUGGAUGUUUUUUUUAAUAUAUUGUCUAUUUUCUUAAUGAUCUGGUGAUUAAAUGACCCCCUUAUUAACAUCAGUAAUGCAAUAUGAAUACAGUGAAAAUGGGACCGCAGUUAAAGAUUAUGUUUAUGAAUUUCAAAAUGGCGGCAUUAAGACCUGACACGGUUUACAUAAUUAAAACAGGACCCUUUGAAUCAUACCCUCUUAGAUUGACUGUGGGACCCAGAAUGCCUAUAAAUCCUAACAUCUGUAGAAUACAGGGACUGAUGGAACUGUAAUAUCCAGAAGUAUUGAAAGGUCUGAGCACAUUGCAGCACUGAAUCUCCCCUACACAUUUCCAUCUGAAAACACCAUUGAUUUCCAUGCGUGCCCUAAAGCCAAUUCAAUACAGCACCCAUGGAAAGUGAGUACAUCUAAUGGAAAUUCGAUGGGGGUGUACUGAUUCUUCUUGCCCAAUGGUUUCCAUUAGCAGAAGUUACUUUAGGUUAUAUAUUGGUCCCUUUAGGGAGGGGAGGUGGGAAGUAAACAACAGAUGCAACCACAGGCUUUGAAGAAUACCAUGAAGAUGCUUGGGUGAAGCACAAGCCUUGAACCUACAGAAGACUUGUUGCUAUCAAAGAUCCAUUCCAAUAACAACUAUGAUGUGGACAUGCAAUAACUUUCCUAGUUCUGUGCGGUAAUGCACGUCCUGACAGGAUUACAGUACCGACAAGACAUUUGGGACCGGGCAGCUAAUUUUGAUUGCUUAAAGCAAGUAGGAUUUAUGCAAACCUACUUUAGAUCCGAGACCACAAUGGUGGAACUGAAAGGAAACAUCACAUUAACUCCAGCACUCCACAAUGCUAUUUAAUGUGAGCCUGUAACUGCAGUCUAAACAGGAGUGUGCUACCAUUUAGGAACCCUUUGCCCAUCCUAUGUGAAACAGACCUAACAUUCUUUGAGUUAGGUCAACGCAUGACAAACCUUGCUGUUGAAUGCUGAAGUUCUAGACAGUCGUAUGCAGGUCAGGUUGUUUGGAUCUGAUUGUCUGGAGUCCAUUCAUUGUUUUAAUGUCACAGGUGGGGAGGAAGUGGGCAUGUUGUUUCUUUGUUUUUGAUGUGCUCAAAAGUGCCAAUUUGGAACCAAGAUGUUCUGAAGACACCAUCACAGACUUUUGUUAACAGAAAGUAUGGAUAUUAAAGGAGCACAGGAAUGAAAAAAAAACAACAACUUUGAGAAGCUUAGCGCAUCAUUAAACACAAUAAAGGGCUUGUCAUUUUAUUAGUCUUGACUAUAAAGUUGAACACGUUGCAUGGUUGUGUGUUAUUUGUGAAUAAAUAAAUGUUCCCUCAAACAGAGGGCUGUUUGAUUUCA